UGGAAGUAGGCGCAGGUCGGCGGCCGCGGGAGGAGGAAGGCGGGAGCAGAGAGUGAGCGGGAGGCGGAGCCGGGGGAGCUGCUCUGUAGCUCCCCCUGGCCCCAGGCCCAGCUGCUCCAGGGGGAGGAGUUACCGCCGCUCUUCGGCAUCAGAACUUACCAUGAUGGCUGUGACCUAAGAGCCUCAAGAAGCCCCGGGGUCAUGGCCCAGAAGCACCCCGGAGAAGGAAGGUUGUGUGGAGCCCACCACAGUGGUGGUGCCUCCCUCAGGACUUUAGGACCCUCUGUGGACCCUGAAAUACUUUCAUUCUCAGGACUCAGGGACUCAGCAGAGACUGCUCCUAAUGGUACCCGCUGCCUCACAGAGCCCUCUGGUCCUAAGUACACACAGCCCCCACAUCCAGCCCACUGGUCGGAUCCAAGCCAUGGCCCCCCAAGAGGUCCAGGACCACCCAGGGAUGGAGAGGACCCUGAUCAGAGUGAGGCAUCGUCAGCAGAAGAGUCAGAAGUGGACCAGGAACUCUCAAGAGAGAAUGAGGCCAGUUACCAGGAGGAUGGGAACCCUUCUUUUAUUUCCAUUCCAUCUGCUUGUAACUGCCAGGGACCCCCUGGAAUUCCGGAAGGGCCUUACCCUGACGGAAGAAAUGGAUCUUCUAGCAACUUUUGCCACCAUUGUACUUCUCCAGCCUUGGGGGAAGAUGAAGAGUUGGAAGACGAAUAUGAUGAUGAAGAACCUCUUAAAUUCUCCAGUGAUUUUUCACGUGUGUCCAGUGGAAAGAAACCUCCAUCCCGCAAACAGCGGCACCGCUUUCCAACUAAAGAGGAUGCUCGGGAGGGUGGACGUAGAGAUCCUAGAUCCCCUGGUCGAAAUCGGUUGGGCCGGAAACGAAUUCAGGCAGAUAAGCGCAGAGGCCUGGGAUUGUGGGGAGCAGAGGAACUAUGUCAGCUUGGACAGGCCAUCUUCUGGUGGCUGAUUGAAUUGCUGGUAUUGGUGGGAGAGUAUGUAGAAACUUGUGGCCAUCUCAUCUAUGCAUGCAGGCAGCUGAAAAGCAGUGAUCUGGACCUUUUUCGAGUUUGGGUGGGAGUCUGGGCAGGGCGGCUGGGGAGCUGGGCCCAGGUGAUGGUUCAAUUUCUAAGCCAGGGAUUUUACUAUGGGGUAGGACUGUUUAUCCGCUUUCUUAGGCUAUUGGGUGCUUUGCUGCUUUUGGCUCUGGCCCUCUUUUUGGGCUGUCUACAGUUGGGCUGGCGGUUUCUGGUGGGACUGGGUGACCGAUUAGGCUGGAGGGAUAAGGCCACCUGGCUCUUUUCUUGGCUGGAUUCUCCUGCCUUGCAGCAUUGCUUGACAGUGUUAAGAGAGAGCAGGCCAUGGCAACAGCUGGUAAGAAUAGUUCAGAGGGGCUGGUUGGAGUUGCCUUGGGUAAAACAGAACACUAACAGGCAGGGGAAUACACCUGUAGCUAGUGGGCGUUACUGCCAACCUGAAGAGGAAGUGUCUCGACUCUUGACCAUGGCUGGGGUUCCUGAGGAUGAAUUAAACCCUUUCCAUGUGCUGGGCGUUGAAGCUACAGCAUCAGAUACUGAACUGAAGAAGGCCUACAGACAGCUGGCAGUGAUGGUUCAUCCUGACAAAAAUCAUCAUCCUCGGGCUGAAGAGGCCUUCAAAGUAUUACGGGCAGCUUGGGAUAUUGUCAGCAAUGCUGAAAGGCGGAAGGAAUAUGAGAUGAAACGAAUGGCAGAGAAUGAGCUAAGCCGAUCAGUGAAUGAGUUUCUGUCCAAGUUACAAGAUGACCUUAAGGAAGCAAUGAAUACUAUGAUGUGUAGCCGAUGCCAAGGAAAGCAUAGGAGGUUUGAAAUGGACCGGGAACCUAAGAGUGCCAGAUACUGUGCUGAAUGUAACAGGCUGCAUCCUGCUGAAGAAGGAGACUUUUGGGCAGAAUCAAGCAUGUUGGGCCUCAAGAUCACAUAUUUUGCACUGAUGGAAGGAAAGGUGUAUGACAUUACAGAGUGGGCUGGAUGUCAACGUGUAGGAAUCUCCCCAGACACCCACAGAGUCCCUUAUCACAUCUCAUUUGGUUCUCGGAUCCCAGGCACCAGUGGGCGGCAGAGACCUACCCCAGAUUCUCCUCCUGCUGACCUUCAGGAUUUCUUGAGCCGCAUCUUUCAAACACCCCCAGGCCAGAUGUCCAAUGGGAACUUCUUUGCAGCACCUCAGCCUGGCCCUGGGACCACUGCAGCCUCUAAGCCUAAUAGCACAGUACCCAAGGGAGAAGCCAAACCGAAGCGGCGGAAGAAAGUGAGGAGGCCCUUCCAACGUUGACACCCCUUCUCUUCUUUCCUCAAAUCAAUGUCAGGGAGUCAAAAGGGCUGUGUACAGCACAGGAUGGAGUCUGAUUUGUUUAUUUUUAAAUAUUUUAAAAAGGGAAAAUUUUAAGCUUAAAUCAUUGCUCAGUACUUGUAGGAAGCACCUGAACCACUCUCCCCUAAUACCUAGUAACUGAAUCUCGUCUUCUGACAAUACCAAAGAAAUAGGGAGUGGGUACAGCAAAGAACCUAAGGCUUGGGCAAUAUAUUUGUUUGAGGUGUGGGAACUCGGUAUUUCCCUGGGAUCUA